GGACGCUUCCGGAACUAGCGAAUGCAUCAGUCUGGGGCGCUCGUUUCAAUAUUAAUUUCCUCAGUAUAGAAAAAGUUUUUUUUAAAUUUUAUUUUACUAUGGUGUUGUCAUUGCACUGAGCAGCGUUCGCGACAGCAAGGGAAACUGUCGUCCGCAUUCCUCUUGCUGUAAGCACAGAAAAGCAGGUGUGAAUGACCGACGUGGUGCUCCCCUCUGUGCUCAGUGAGAUAAAGCUCCGUCUGCUUUGCCACGAUGACAUAGACAGUAUAAAACUGCUUUGUGGCGACUGGUUCCCUAUUGAGUACCCAGACUCAUGGUAUCACGACAUCACCUCAAACAAGAAGUUCUUUUCACUGGCAGCCACCUACAGAGGUGGUAUUGUGGGAAUGAUUGUGGCAGAAAUUAAAGGCCGGACAAAGGUGCAUAAAGAGGAUGGAGACAUUCUGGCAUCAAGCUUUCCGGUCGACACUCAGGUUGCUUACAUCUUAAGCUUAGGAGUGGUGAAAGAAUUCCGGAAACACGGAAUAGGUUCCCUUUUGCUGGAUAGCUUAAAGGACCACAUAUCAACCACCGCGCAGGACCACUGCAAAGCCAUCUACCUGCAUGUGUUGACCACCAACAAUACCGCCAUUCACUUCUAUGAGAACAGAGACUUUAAGCAGCAUCACUACUUGCCCUAUUACUAUUCCAUUCGGGGAGUUCUAAAGGAUGGCUUCACCUAUGUUCUCUACAUCAACGGUGGUCAUCCCCCAUGGACCAUCUUUGACUACAUCCAGCACAUUGGGUCCACGCUGGCCAGCUUGAGACCCUGCUCCAUCCCUCAAAGGAUAUACCGGCAAGCACAGAGUCUCCUCCGCAACUUCUUACCUUGGCCAGGGAUUUCCUCCAAGAGCGGUAUUGAAUACAGUAGGACGAUGUGAUCACCUCAAUGGAGCACAGGUGUGCUGUGGACUCGGAAUGGAGUUUUGUUUUUCCUUUUUGGAACAUCAAUUUCCUGUCUCCGGGAUACACAGAUGAAACCUCACUAUGACUGAGAUUGCAGAAACACUCCUAGUUUUUGCUUGUUGCAGUUGGUCACAGACUAUGUAUUAUACCUGUACAGUAUAUAUACUAAUUAUAUGAGCAGUAAGGUUACCACUAGCUCUCUGGUCUCCGGCUGCACACUUUCCUGUCUCUGUCAUGCCUGUACAUUGCUGCUGUGCAGAUCAUUCUCUGUCUUGUCUAUAAGUUAAAUGUAGCUCUAAAUCACUGUGUGCUAGUUGAUAUUAGUUUCUCUAUACUGUACAAAUAGUGGGAGUAUAUUUUAUACCUAAAUACCAGAUCACCUGCGUGUAAACAUGUAAUACAUCCCUGCUUAGUAGAAUGAAUAUCAGAACCAUCAGUAUCUUGGGAUUAUUGAAUGGAUUACUUUCAAGAGUUCACCCUUAUUUUAGACAUGUUUUGCUUCUUUUGGUUUUUCUUAUUUUUGAUCAUACUGGCUGGCAGAGACUGAGGAUGAUGAGAUGAGAAAUUAUGAAUGUUCAUUCAGUUAAACUGAACUGCCUGUACUCUGCACUGGUCUGCUAAUCAGUACAUCGACUUUUAGCGAUAACCCUUUGCUGGAAGUAAAUAACAUACAGAGAAAUUGUGAGCUUAAUUUAAGGAGGCAUAUGCUGAAUUAAAAUACAGGUAAUAAAUCACGGUUAUCAAUUUUAAACAAUUACCUUUAAAAUGAACUUCAUUAGGCAUUUGUUUCAACAGUUAAAUCAUUCUGUGUGGUACUGUUCUAAGUGUUUUUGCCUUUUUAACUGCCUGUUGUAUUUAAAUGUGAUGUGUCAUAUGUAUAAUAUCACCUUUAGGUUGAAGUUUUAGGAUCGUUCAUGCUUUAUCCAUUU